AUGUUGCAAAGGGCAGCAAGCAAUGCAUAUUCAUGGUGGUGGGCCAGCCAUGUCAGGACAAAGCAGUCAAAAUGGCUGGAUCAAAGCCUCCAAGAUAUGGAGGAGAAGGUGGCUGCAACCCUCGUUGUGUUGCGAGAUGAGGGGGACUCAUUUGCUAAGCGGGCAGAAAUGUAUUACAAGAAGAGGCCAGAGUUAGCAAAUUUUGUGGAAGAAGCAUUUGGAGCAUAUAAAGCCUUAGCAGACAGAUAUGAUCAUUUAUCAAAGGAACUUCAAAGUGCCAACCGCACCAUAGCCAGUGUCUUCCCAGACCAAGUUCCAUGUCCUAGUGAAGAAGAUGAAGAAGAAGAAAGUGAUACAGGAACUAAUUCAUUAUCACCAGACCCCAAGAAUCAAACACAUAAUAAACCAUCCAUUCCUAAAGUUCCAAACAUCCCAAAGAAGCAUAUUAGAAGUCAAUCCAUGUCGAUCUCCAGAAAGGGCACGCUUAAGAGGACUAUUAGCACUGCAAAAUAUGUUCCAACAAUUUCAUGUUCAGGUCUGACCAAGGUUGAAGCCUUGGAAGAAAUUGACAAGCUUCAGAAAGAAAUAUUGUCACAGCAAACUGAGAAAGAGUUUGUGAGGAGUUUGUAUGAACGCGCCAAUAAAAAGUACUGGGAAAUCGAAGACCAGAUCGCAGCAACACAGAAAAGAGUUUGCAGCUUGCAAGAUGAGUUUGGUGUUGGGACAGUGAUAGAAGACAAUGAGGCUAGAGCUUUGAUGGCAGCAACGGCUCUAAAAUCAUGCCAAGAGACCCUGGAUAAGUUGAAAGAGAUACAAGCUCAAUCAUCUAAAGAAGCUAAAGAGGAGUAUCAAAGGGUAAAGAAAGCUCAUGAGAUGUUUGAGACCCUUAGAGACCAAUUCAUUUCUAAAUAUAUGACAAAACUAGACAAUGAUUAUGGGGACAAAUGUAAGACUGUAGGAGCAGAUAAAAAACGUAUAGAUGACGAUAUGGAUAGCUUGGAGCAACAGGAGAAUGAUGUUGGGUUAUUGAGAGAGAAGAUUAAACAAAAGUUGGCAGAAGAUUCAAGGAAUUCCCUCACUGUGACUGAAAUGGCUGAGUGCAUUGACGAGCUUGUAAAUAAGGUUUGUACCUUGGAAACUGCGGUUUCAUCUCAGACUGGUUUGGUAAAGAGACUAAGAUCAGAAACAGAUGGACUUCAGAAAAAUAUGAGGAAGUUGGAAGAAGACAAGGAAAUGCUCAUAGAAGGCUCAGAAGUCACCAACAAGAAGCUAAAGGAAUUGGAGAAAGAGUUAUGGAGAGUUAAAUUGCUCAACCGAAGUGUCAGAAGUCAAGACAACACCCUCCAAACACACUUUACUGAAGCUAGCUGUAACCUUGAGCACCUUUCUGGAAAAUUGGAUGACAUGAAGCCAGAUGAGGAGGAGGAGGAGAACUUCGUACUUUACAAGAAGAAGAGGAAUGCUUCUGAUGGUAAACCCGGGGAAAAAUCUGAAAAACAUGGUGAUGAAUUGUCUGUUGAUAACUCAAAUGUCAAGACAAUAAAGGAAUAUAAUGGUGCAAAUUUUGAUAAUAACAAGUUUAAUUCGGAUAGUAGUUUUUUGAAUCAAAGGAUUCAAAAGCUGGCACAACAGGAAAAGGAUGAUUUAUCUGAUACAGUGAGCAAUAUUGACAGUGAAUCCCAUGAUUUGGACACUAGGGAGGUUGAUCAACCUAACUGGAGGCAGAUGUUUAUAAGUGGAUUAGAUGACAGAGAAAAGAUUCUGCUGGAUGAGUACACAUCAGUUUUAAUGAACUAUAAGGAUGUCAGGGUGAAGCUCAAUGAUGUGGAAAAGAAAAACCGGGACAUCAUUUUUGAGUUGACACUUCAGCUAAGGGAGAUGAAGAAUGCUCUUGUCGCAAAGGAUAAAGAGAUACAGUUUUUACAUCAGAAGAUGAAUUCUCCAGAUGAAAAUCCUGAUGAAACUCCCUACACUAACACCACAGAAUACAAAUAUACACCAAAUGAAGCACUUCUUCGGGCAGCAGGUGAAGGAGCAAAUGGGUCAGAGUCAGAAUUUUCACAUGUAAAUACAGAUGCAAAUGCAGUCACAACCCCUUUCUCAGAACAUCAAGGUGAAACUGAAAGCACAAGAAAUCCGAAUUCAUCAAGUAUGAAAAUGACACUUGAGAAGCUCAUGGAAAAUCAAGAUAAACGCCGUGAUCUUUCAAACUUAGAACAGAAAUUCCGUUCAGACAUCGACAACUUAAUGGAAGAGAACCUAGAGUUCUGGUUGAGGUUUAGCACUUCAGUUCAUCAAAUUCAAAAGUUCCAAAACUCAAUUCAGGACUUAAAAGCUGAGCUGAAAAUGAUAAAGGAAAAAGACAACAAUUCUGAAGGGUAUUCACAACAAAAACAACAGCCUAUACAAUCUGAGCUCAGGCCAAUAUUCAGACACCUUAGAGAAAUAAGAACUGAAUUAUCACUGUGGGUGGAACAUAAUGCAGUGCUUCAGGAUGAACUGCAAGGAAGGUACUCGUCUUUGUGCAACAUCCAAGAUGAGAUUGCAAGAGCAGGGAAUGCCGAAUCCAGUGGCGACCAGGCUGAGCUAAUUAGCAAGUACCAAGGUGCAAAGUUUCAAGGUGAGAUUCUCAACAUGAAGCAAGAGAAUAGCAAGGUUGCAAGUGAACUGCAAGCAGGUCUUAGCCUUGUGAAGGGAAUGAAAGAUGAUGUUGAGAAGACACUUGAUGAGCUAGAUGAAGCUAUUGGAGUUAAUAGUAUUAUUAAAAAGAAUACCGGCCAGUUGAAACAUUCCAGUAGUCGUGUUCGAAUACCCUUAAGGUCUUUCUUGUUUGGAGUCAAGUUAAAGAAACAAAGACAUCAUCCUUCACUAUUUGCAUGUGUCAACCCAGCAUUGCAAAGACAAAACAGUAUGAAUGAACAAGCACCAGCUCCAAUAUAA